AAACAUUAAAAGUCUCCUUUUGUGAGGGGCCUUUUAUUUUGUAAGGUACUGGGGGAAUAGGCCCCUGCAGUGUAAUGUCAUUAAACUGUUGCUAAUUAUGCCUGGCAUCAUUCAAGUCUGUUUACCUUCUAUGUUGUUAAUUCUCACCACGCAAAAUCUCCCUUGGUUCUGUAAGCGAAUUGCCAAUUAAAGUGACUUUCUUGCUGAGGGUUGGAUUGGGCCUUAGUGUAUUUAGUAAGGAUUGGUCAGGUUUUGGGGAUAACUAAUUUUGGGCUUCCAAGACUAUGUAACCUAUGUAGUAGGAACAUUUGUUGAAUUUAACCACAGCUAGCCCAUAAGGAAACUUUGUUUCCUUAAUUCUUGAUUCAUUAAGUGGUGAGCGGUGACUAGAAGCUUGGCUUCUCAGUGAAUGAUGUACAUUUUUGGGUAGUGGCCUAUAGAAGUGGAUUCCUCUUCUCAGCAAUGUGUUGGCUUGAAGAACCAUGUUGUUACCUCAUAUCUUAACUGUUUUGAUGGGCAACUGGAUCUAAUUUUGAGGAUUUCGUUAGAAUAUUGUUUGGAGAAAGUAUCAUGGAAGUUCUGCGCCCACAGCUUGUAAGAAUUGGUGGACGGAUUUACAGAAAAAAUCCCAUUCAAGAACAGACUUACCAACAUGAAGAAGAUGAAGACUUCUAUCAAGGCUUCGUGGAGUGUGCAGAGGAGCCUUGUGAUGCCUACGAGGUGGUGCAGACCCAGCAGGGUUUCCGGUGUACCGUGAAGGCCCCCAGCUUGCUCUACAAGCAUAUAGUUGGAAAAAGAGGGGACACUAGGAAGAAACUAGAAGUGGAAACCAAAACUUCUAUUAGCAUUCCUAAGCCUGGACAAGAAGGAGAAAUUGUAAUCACUGGCCAGCAUCGAAGUGGUGUAAUUUCAGCUCGAACUCGGAUUGAUGUUCUUUUGCUCACUUUUAGAAGAAAGCAACCCUUCACUCACUUCCUUGCCUUUUUCCUCAAUGAAGUUGAGGUUCAGGAGCGAUUCCUAAAGUUCCAGGAGGAAGUACUGGAGAAGUGCUCUAUGGAUCAUGGGGUUGAUAGCACCAUUUUCCAGAAUCCCAAAAAGCUUCACCUAACCAUUGGGAUGUUGGUGCUUUUGAGUGAGCAAGAAAUCCAGCAGACAUGUGAGAUGCUACAGCAGUGUAAAGAGGAAUUCAUUGAUGACAUUUCUGGGGGCAAACCCCUAGAAGUAGAGAUGGCAGGGAUAGAAUACAUGAACGAUGAUCCUGGCAUGGUGGAUGUUCUUUAUGCCAAAGUCCAUAUGAAAGAUGGCUCCAACAGGCUGCAAGAAUUAGUCGAUCGAGUGCUGGAACGUUUUCAGGCGUCUGGACUCAUCGUGAAAGAGUGGAAUAGUGUGAAACUCCAUGCAACAGUGAUGAACACUCUAUUCAGGAAGGACCCCAAUGCUGAAGGCAGGUACAAUCUCUACACAGCGGAUGGCAAAUACAUCUUCAAGGAAAGAGAAUCAUUUGACGGGCGAAACAUUUUAAAGGGACCCACUGAACACCUAACCUGGUCUGCUUGGCUGGCCCACUGUGCCCAGUUACGCCUUCACGUGGCCUCGCUCGGCUCCCAUCUUCUCCAUCCCGAUGGCUGUCCUAGGUGCCCAGCCCUCGGCACCCAUUGUUUUCUUGCCUCGAUGCAUGUACUGGUUGUCUGGACGUCCCCUCUCACGUUUCACCUUUGCCACCUAUGUUGUUUUAGGUAAACUUUUCACUGAAGUAGUACAUAAUCCAGAGGUGCACAGAUCACAGAGUAAAUCAGUAGCUUUUCACAAGGUGAACACACCCAUGUCCUCGAAGUUCCUCUCUUCUGAUUCAUACCCUAUCUCCCUAACUAGGUGGUAAGCACUUGAGAGACAGAGCCACAUCGUAUGCCUUUGCAUGAAAACGCAUCACAUCAGGUGCUCAGUGACAUUCCAGAUCAGGAAUUUGAGUUAAGAGAGGGGUCUAGGCUUUGACAGAUAAGAAACACAAAGAAAUUUAAAGGAGUAUAUGAAAUUUCCAUUACUAACUACAAAUUCUUUCUUAACAACUAGUUACAGUUGAGAUAUGAUUAGAGGUAAUGUAAUUUUGAUGAGUCCUGUUCAAGGGUUUCAAGGUGGUGACUUGUAGGUAAGACCUUUAAAAUCCAGUCUGAACAAGGCCAUGUCAUAGCUUUCUCUUUUCAGAUAAGGUACACAGACAUGUACAACACUAGUUUUUGUUGACAUUCUCUCUAGCAAAUAUUUAUUGAUCAUACACAGUCUAUUAGGUACGGUUCCAGCAUACAGUGAUAUUCAGCUAUGAAUAACAUAAAAGAUCCUUCCUCUAUAGAGCUUAUAUUUUAAUGAGUCACUAGAAAUAAUUGAUAGAACUGAAGGAAAGGCUUAAGACUAAAGAUACAUAACAAGGCCUAAAGAAUACAAAAACGGUGAAGAAUUGUUACGAAAUCCUCAUUGACAUACAGCGAGAAUAAGAGCACGGAGAUAGGAAGGGCUAAAGGAAGAUCAGCCCUGCACUCGGGACUUCUAGGUAAGAAAGCCAUUUGUGACAUUAUCAAAGGUAUGAAAGAAGACGACAACUCAGAAAGGUAAACUAAGUACAGGGUUAAGGAGAGCAGAGAGAUGUCAAAAACAUCAUGGUAAAUACUUCAUUUUCAGCAGUGCUUUACAGUUUACAAAGAAGGGACUUGGGCUUGUUCAUCCUACCGGAUCUUGGCCACUCUGGUCAUGUACAGUGGGCAGUAUCCCGCACACGCUGUCAUGCAGCUCCCGUGUGCGGGUGUGAGCGUAGACUGACUUCAGUCUACUGACUGUAUUUACUAUUUACUUUACACCUGAAGCAUGAGGAGCUCCCUGGCAAGUCGUGCCACCUGGAGGUUAUCGACAGAAGGCUAAGUGAAGUCAGAGGCCGAUCACCUGCCAGCUCUGAGCUGUGGCUCCAGCGCUGGGAAACCUAGGCACAGGGAGUGGAAGGUAGAGGACCCCCCUAGGCUGCUAAUCCUGAAAAAGUAACUUGUUGAAAGUACUAUGAGUUCUCUUUUAGUUUUGUUUUGUCUUGUCCUUUAUUGCCCCUUUGGUUAUAUCUUUUUUGUACCUAGAAGGCUUCAGUUUGCAAAGCUAUAAGUCUGCCAGUCAUGUUGACAUGGCUUUCACUUCAAAUUAAGGUUCAGCAAAGGGAUUAGCAGAUAACCGUGUCAGGCUGUAUUUCUUUACACAAAAGGGUGGAUAUGGUUUGAACAGGCUGCGGAAGCCAGGAAGAGAAGUUAAUUGUGUAAAUCAAUGCAGGCAAGAGCUGAUCACCUUUCUGAAAGACAAGAUCAUGCAGCAUACAACCUCUAAAUAGAUCUUUGGGGUCAAGUUGAUGUCAUGUGGGAGAAUCAAUAUUUACUGAGCUUUAUAAAGUUAGCCUUAAUGAACCCCAGGCAUUUUGCUAGGCCGCUAAUUGCAGGAAGAGGAAAGGCGACAGUGGCUGAAGUCCAUGGCUAUGGAGCUUGUAUAAAAAUAAGUGCAGAGACAGUCACUUGCUCAUGUGCAAAGAGCCCACCCUAGGUUCUACCCAGGCACUUGUUGGGUAUGUGUGUGGAAGGGCUGGCUUUCUUGGGAUUUUACUGACAUUUUAAGAAAUGGCAUCUCUUGCAUCCUAACAGAACAAGGUGAGCCCUUUACACUUUGACACUGUUAUCUAAGCAGUUAAUUUUCUGAGAUGAGUUCUUUUUUUUUUUUUAAAAGAUUUUAUUUAUUUAUUUGUCAGAGAGAGAACACAAGCAG